AUGAGUUCACCAACAACCCUCCUCCAAAACCUCAGAAUUGCGGAAACUAAAGUGAAAUCCGCUUAUAAUUCGUUGGAAAGGUCGUUUUAUGCCUUCACGAGUACUGUUGAUGGCCUUGAAACGCCUCUUAAUGAAGAAGAGGAAAGCAAGGUCUCAGAAUAUGUGUCGAAAACGGAGGAUGUCAUGGCACAAGCUAAUGGGAUACUCCUCCAAAUAGAAGGGAAGAAGGAGGAACUCGGAAUAAUUGCUCAACUAGAGGCGAAAGGUCAAAACCUCGAUAAUCCCUGGUUAAUGACAAAGAUCCUGUCCAAGUUUACAGAGGACCUCCAAAGGCGGGUGCUCAAAGAGAAGGUCUCUGACGAUACCAGUUGGAACCUUAGACGACAGAUGCACUGUCUGGACAUGGUACUGAAACAGGAAGAAAAGAUAGAAUUGCAACUUCCAAAGAAGCCAGAAAUGAAAAUGCCAGACAGCAGCAAGAAAGGGUAUGGCAGAACAAAAGAAACCAGGAAUUCUAAGUUCUGCUUCUAUUGCGAUGAGAAAGACCACUGGUCUACGCAUUGUACCGCUAUCAAGGACCCAAGGAAACGCUUGCAACACCUGAAAGAUACUAACAGGUGUACCGGAUGCGGUUCUCGAUCUCAUAUGUUGGCAGAGUGUAAAUCCAAAGGAUGCCAAAAAUGCGGUAAAAAGCAUCACACAUCCACAUGCUUCAAAGGUGAAGCAUCAAGCUUUGAAAGAUCAAAACUGAAGGGCGAUGAUGCAAAAAAGAAAACAGCAUCUGCACGCCAUAACGUGGUAGUUUGCAGCGAAGAGGAGAACCCAAGAGUUCAAGAAAGCUCUACGGAAAGCAGUGAAGAAAACCACACUGUACUGACCGUGAAGCGUUCAGCUACCAGAGACGAAAAUCACGAAGGUGGCAAUAUUUUUUUACUAUCAGGAACUCUUCGCACAAAACUUCCGCAAUCAGAUGAAUUCAUCGGUUUGACGGUCCUACUGGACACAGGAGCAGACCGUUCCUUCAUUGAUGAAACCUUAGUACACGACCUGGAACUGCCACAACAAGGCAGUGUUCGGAUGAAGCUGUGCACUUUCGGGAGUCAGAAACCAACCACGGUUAAGUGUAUAAGGACUCGGCUGACGAUGUGGGACGUAUGCGGCAAGCAACAUGAUCUCAACCUGUACGCACACAAAGCCCUAACCCAGGGUAAUGCACAAGGGGUCUUGGAUACCGAAGACCUCAAGUUUAUAAAGGAGAAGAGAAUCAGGUUGAGCCUCCCCCCGCAAGGAAAUGUCGGACCAAGCCUAGGUCAUCAUCGGAUGCGAUCAGUUGUGGAAAUUUAUCAGAUAGGAUCUGUGGACACAAAGCAAAAUUUGGCGGACUGCGCAACGAGGGGGUUGUCAUCAUCAGAAUUUUCAAACCAUGACUGGUGGAAAGGACACACCCUCAAAGAAAUUCAAAACAAUGGCUUCAAACUAUACACUAUCCAGGAAGAAGAUGGGGAACCGGAAACAGUAGUUACAAACUACGUGAAGGCUAUCGCAAAUGAAGACGAAACGGUGAAGGAAAUAGUGGAGCUAUCAGCCUACAACGAGCUCCGAAAAGUGCGUAGAAUAGUCGCUUAUGCCCUGAGAUUUUUGAAAGGCAUCCACAGUCGAUUGCAAGGUGCAUUGAAAGAAAAACUGCAAACUUCCUUGCCGUGGAUUGCGCGAAAAGUGGAAAGCCAAAGCUUGUCGGCCACAGAAACGAAGGACGCUGAACUUAUCCUGAUCAAGCAACAUCAAGCGGCACAUCUACAGUCUCAAUACAGGAAAGAACUUGUAAAAAAUCUGAACGUCAGAGAAGACAAAAACAAAAUUUUGAGGGCAUAUGGCAGACUAAACAAAGCGGAUCUUGAUGCAGACGCAAAAAAUCCGAUUGUCAUCGCCCCCAAAUCGGAAAUA